AUGACAGCGUUAACUUCAGACAAACGUCUUGAGUUGAGUGCAGUCGAAUUACAGCAGGAGUAUUAUGAAACGAUCGGUGAUGCUGACUGGGAACUAUUCGAGAAGAAAGACAGAAGAUAUCUUCUCCAGAAAGUAGCAGUUGCUCUUUGCGGACCACCGACGAUUGAAGGCAACUUAAUGGAAUGUACGAAUGAUAAUGAUGAACUCAAAUUGCAAGGAUACGAAGCUCUAGACGAAGAUACAUGCAUGAAUGUAUUCAAUCGGAUCUUAGAACAAGCAAAAUAUUCACACAAUGGUGAAAAUAUUAUAAUAUCUGUCCUUCGCGUGGUCUGCGUUAUACCGAGACGAGAAAUAAAAUUUUUCGAAAUGACACCUAAAGAUUAUUGGCUCAAUCUUCACGUGAAGAAAGGAGAUUCUGUUCACAUCUUAGUAUUUCACGUGUUCAGUAUAAGGAAAUGCAUUUCUAUGAAUCACAAAGUAAAAGGAUGCAAAGUAUUCAUUGACCAUGACGGCAGAGAGUAUCAAUCCUGGGACGAUUAUCUGACAAACAACAAACUUCCGAAAUGUGUGAUGGUUGUUCCUCGGAACGGAGAAUAUUCUGGAACUAUCGUUGGAGGGGAAGGUGAAAUGCCGAAAGUAAACCUUACAAUAAGAGGUUCACCGGAACUGGGUACUCAAGCACAAGUGAUUAGUGUUGCAGACAAUAUAAGUGCAGCGGCUAAUGUUGGGGCGUUGGUCGCUGUGGUGGGAUCCUUGUUCGCGGCUCCCGCCGUAGCCCCAGUGAUGGUUGGAACAGCUGUAGGAGUUGCCACCGUGUCAGGAGUUUACGGUAUCGGAAGGUCGAUUGGAACCUUAGUCGACAGAGCUCAGCAUAAGCAGAGCAUCGGCUUAGACAACAUGGAAGCUCGCUCUAACUGGAUAAAUAUUAUGAUAUCUACUGUCGGUUUGUCCUUUACUGCAGCUGGAAAAUUAUUGACUUGGGCUGCGGCGACCGGGAGAAAUGUCAAGAUACUUAUGAGUGCCUUAGACUUUCUCAGGUUUACUAACAUUGCAACUGGAUUCAUUGGUGUAGCCAACGGCCUGGGAGAUAUGAUCUAUAAGUUCACGAGAUAUGGUAAGACACCCUCGACACUCGAAGUGUUCCAAGUAACUACAUCCUUCCUUUUCCUUGGCAUUGGUGUGAUGUCAAACCAAACUGCACAAGAAAUCGUUCAGGACGCACAAGCUAACAAAAUAAAUGAAAUUCGAGAUUCGUUGUCAAGCAACAACAAAAGGAGAAUAUUUGAUAAAAUCACAGCCGAGACCCGGCGACUAAAAGGCACUAUAGAUGGCAACACUGAUGUCAUUAAAGCUCUUAAGACAAUAAAUAAUAAGGACGAGUUCUUUGGAAAACUGAAGUACAUGAAUAAGGCUUUCAAUAAAAAUAAAGUAAGGAUAUCAUUGAGUUCAGAUGGGAAAGUGAUUAUAAAUAAUCAACACAAAGUGAGUCUCUCCAAGAUAUACAAAAUUGGUCCGGAUGGUCGAAAUCAAUUACUAGCGAAAUACGGACCUGCGAAGAUAACCAGCAAGAACGCUCCAACAAGAAUAUACCCUUCGUACGUGGUGGCCAAUAACUCAAAUGUACCCGCCACAGAGCUGGCAUGCACUAUCCGCUCAGAAGAGAUACUCAAAAUUUCUGCAUUUCUCUUACAUUUGAGUAAAUCUGACGAAGAAUUUAUUUUAAGCUUACUUUCGCUUAUAUCUGAAGAUUUACAUCAGGCUUUUUUGUUGCUAUGUACUGAAAUGGUCACUUCAUUAAUUCCUGUGGAAAUAGAGUUUCUUGAGUCGAUUUUCCCUGAUUGGAAGAGGCGAUUGGUACUCUUCAUAUUUUGUCAUUUGAGGUCAAAAAUAACUGUCAAUGAAAAUGAUGGUGUGUUCAUGACGGCCUUAAAACGCUACAUACGCGAUGGUAGAAUUGACAGAGAAACCUUAUUAGCACUCAAGAAGAAAAUUAUAGAAUAUUUUAUAGACCACUCGAAAGGAGAACAAACUGACAAUAAAUCCUGGAGUGAGGUUGAUGAAUAUAUGAAGACCUAUUUUGGAAAUUUGAAAACGUUAAAAGUUGGCCAAGAGCUAGAGAUAGGGCCUCAUAAAAUCUUGGUUAAACAAAUCACAGUAGAUAAUUUGGAAAUAGGGCUUGCUAAAUAUUCGCAGCAACAAUGCGAUAUCUUUAUGGACCUUUGUUUGAAAAUUAUCUCAAUUUUGAGCAAAAAUGAAGUGAUCCAGUUGAACUAUGUGAAUCCGGAUGAAGACAUAAUAAUGAGGGUAUCUAUUUUCCUUCUUGAAAGAUUUAACGAGUAUGUUGGGCAAAGAUUGGAGAUCGACGAUAGUACUCUUGCUACAGCAACAUCUGACCUUCUCGCGUGGCGUAAACGUCAACAUAUUAGAAAGCAAUACAACUGUGGGAAAUGCAAUGGAAUAACAUAUGUUAUAAACAGUUAA